AUGGCUGAGGCUUUGGUGGAGUUGGGGACUGGAACAUUUGGACGAGUUCUGCUGGUCAAAGACAAGAAGAGCAGAGAAUACUGUGCUUUGAAAGUGAUGAGCAUUCCUGAUGUAAUCCGGCUUAAACAGGAACAGCAUGUGCAUAAUGAGAAAAGUAUCUUAAGCGAGAUCCAUCAUCCAUUUCUUAUAAGGCUAUACUGGACGCAUCAUGAUGAACGGUUUUUAUAUAUGUUGAUGGAAUACGUGCCUGGAGGAGAACUGUUUUCUUACUUGCGUAACCUUGGACGUUUCAACAAUAGUUCUGGACUUUUUUACUCUGCAGAGAUUGUGUGUGCAAUAGAAUACCUACAUGCCAAAGACAUUGUUUACAGAGAUUUAAAGCCUGAAAAUAUUCUCCUGGACAGAGACGGUCAUAUUAAGCUUACUGACUUUGGAUUUGCAAAAAAACUUGUUGACCGAACUUGGACACUCUGUGGGACACCAGAAUAUCUCGCACCAGAAGUUAUACAAAGUAAAGGUCAUGGGAGAGCUGUGGACUGGUGGGCAUUGGGUGUGCUGAUGUUUGAAAUGCUUUCAGGCUACCCACCAUUUUUUGAUGACAACCCUUUUGGCAUUUAUCAAAAGAUUCUUGCUGGAAAGUUGGACUUCCCAAGACACCUGGAUUUCUAUGUGAAAGAUCUCAUCAAAAAGCUUCUAGUUAUUGACCGGACAAGACGAUUAGGGAACAUGAAGAAUGGAGCAGAUGACAUUAAGCGACACAGAUGGUUUAAAUAUGUGGAUUGGGAAUCAGUACCUCUAAGAAAACUAAAGCCACCAAUAGUACCGAAGCUAUCUCACGAUGGGGACACAUCCAAUUUUGAAUCCUAUCCUGAAAAUGAGUGGAAAAAGAUCCCACCUGUUCCUCCCAAGGAUCUGGAAAUUUUCAAGACUUUCUGAUUAUGCUACUAAACAAGAGCACUGAUGAGAAGUGUGACUACAUGGAACAUGCUUGUAAGAAGGAUCGGACAUCAAAUUGCACAUUUUAUUCUUUUGUUUUUGCUACAUGGCCUGUCUGUGCCUAUGAUGACCUCGGCCCAGUUAGCACAUUGAAAGGUUCCAGUCGGAAUCAUGGUUUGACUUCAGUACCAAUCAGUAUGCUGUUACUUAAAGGUGUACAUUAAAGAUUGGAGGUCGAAACUGGAAUUUUCUUUACAUGGAAAUGUGGUAUAGAUAAUGUAAAAUAGAAAAACAGGUUUUUUUUAUAAAAACAAUAUUAUUGCAUGUCCAUUAUGGUACCUGUUUUUAAUAAUUGAAUUCCUGCUUAUUCUAAAAUGUGGUAUUAGCCAGAUUUCUUUAUUAUUAUAAAAUUGCCUUGAUUGACAAGCACAAGUAUUUCCUUACAAUGAUUUAUUUUUAAAGAAAAGAGUUAUUUGUGUUUAUAAAGAUGUAAAACUAGGAUCGUAUCACUUUGUAUAUACAGAUAACUGAAGUGGGGGCACUAUGCAAAUAUAAAAAUCAUUUCUAAGUUUUAUGGUUUUUGUUUUGUAUAGAAUCAGAUUACGGUUUUUAUGAAAGAUAUAUGUAUAUAGAAUUUCUGUUUAAUGGGAUCAUCCUAAAUACCAGCAUUUUGCUAUUCUUUUUCUUACUUGACAUUGUAAGUAUUCGAUGCCAUAGUGCAGAGAGCUCUCAAAUUGCAGAUUCAUUUCUUUUUCUGACCCACGCUUACAAUUUGAAUACUGUAUUGUUCAUUGACAGAGUCAGAAUGCUAACUGAGCCCGUUACCACUUUGUUAGCUUCGAUGUCAUUGAUUAGGAGAAGUGGAGAAAUGGCAAACAUUUAAGGGUUUUAAUUCUAAAACUUUUUAUCUAUUUCGUUCCUUUCUGGAAGUUGUACCAGAAGGCAUAUGGAAUAUUGAGAGGAUGAAGAUGGGAAAGAGAUGGGAAUCAAAACUAGUGAGCUUAAGUGAAUGAAUUAUAACAGGUGGAGUAAAUCUGUCCAAAUCUUGAGUGAAAUAUUGGAAAGGGUGUAUUGAUACAUAUUGUACACCUAUGUACCGGGUUUAAACAGCAAACAGUAAAGGAAGUAAUUUUUGACUUGAUCAUGACGCAAGGUUUCUGUUGUGUUUAUCUCGACAAGUGCUUGAAUGCACUUUUAUCAUCUGUUUAAUUGAUUGGAAUAGCCCCUAGAGAAACAUUAAUUUCUGGCUACUGUUUGAUGCAUCUGACCAUCCUUGUUUGUGAGAUAGGUUAACUUCUUUUUACAGAAUGGCUACAACAUCGGUGGUCAACCAACGUUCUAAAUAACAUUUGCUAUAUUAUUUCUUAAUCAAGAAAGUAGUUGACUGACAUCCAGUUCCUCCACUUCUUGAUUGGCAGCUGUGUGGUUUUCUGUGUUGCUUUAACAUAGUUAUAUUCAACAUCUUUUCUUUUUCAUCUGCCAACCGACCCAAAUCAUUAUGAGGAAUCAUGGCAUUACCACUUUGUGGCAAGUCCCACUCUCAUGCAUGACACAUACUGCCUUAUGUUUUUCUUGAAAUAUCAUAAAGAACCCUGUACAGAUAGUAUCUGAUUCUUGCAGAAUAUCAGCACAUAAACAUCUCCUCAGAAUCACAGGCCAUAAAAAUCUGUUCCUUUUUUAAAUCUGGCUUAUGCACUGAACUUUACAGUUUACAUUUCUUAAUGAUUUUGUCCAAAUGUAUUUACUUGUUCAAGUUUGAUGAAUAAAAUGCUAGACUGAUAAUGAAUGGCUAGCUAUACAAAACUAUAUAUGUGAAAUCAGAGGCUGUAAGUUAAAAUAAGGUAUGUCUACUGUAAAGACAUUUUAUUAUAUAUGUGUAUAUAUAGUGUACUUUAAUUUGUCAGUCCUAAUCAUCCUCGUUUUCUGUGAAUGUUUAUAUAAUGAGAUACUGUUCAAGGUCAAGGUUAAAAAUCAAUCUUCUUUUUUCCCACUAACUAUUUUAUCCAAGAACAAUUUAACAUGUAUGAAUAUUAUAUUCGUAUAGCCUUUAUUAAUGUACAUAGACAAAUUUCUAACUUGUUUUAUGUACUAAAAAAUACUUUAUUUUGGUCUCCUGUUAAAUGUGUGCUCUUGAAUAAUGGUUCUUUUAAAAAAAAGACUUUGGUUCUAUUUUUAACAGGAUUACACAGUUUUGAAGGUAGUGUAAGUUUACAAAGUUCCAUCUUUGCUGUGAUGAUCAUGACAGUUAAUUGUCACCUCACACAACCUGAAAUCCAUGCAACUCACAUCUCGAGGGCAAGCAAAAGAAACAUGAACCAUUUACAUUGGUCAAAAGACCAUGAUGGGCAUGCAUUGAAACUUCCGGUGGUAACCGUUGUAAUUUUUUUAAAAAAGUACUGCAUCUUCCUAUCAACUGACCUCUUGAGGACUUUGGAGUUGUAAGAAGCAGAAUAGACUGCCACCCUGUACAGCUUAUACUGUAUUUGUUAUGUAAUUGAAUUGUAAAUAUUGAAAUACAAAUGUUAAUUGUUGAUGGAAAGCAUUUUUAAUCAAAUGUACUUGUUCUGAAUUUGUUUUACAGGAACUGAUGACAAUCUAACAUUGAAAAGUAAUUGAUAUCAGGGUAUUGGCAUUGUUUAAUUCUUUUCGGUGCUUCAUUUGUUUGCUGUCAACCUAUACCAAUUCAGUCACUUUAAAUCUAAUGAAGAAUUGAAAAUAUUUAGUUUUUUUUUUGAAAGAUUGAUGCUCCCAUGUAUGCCUUGACCAGUGUAUUCUGAUGUAUGAUUGGAAAAAUGGACAUGAGGCCACAAGUCUGUGUUUGGCCAGUGAUCAUUGAAACCAAUCAGUUGUGAACCUGUUAGAGUCCAUAUGUGGUGGAUCAAAUCUGUAGCUUUUAUGUAAAAUAGCAUUGUUACAUCUCCCAUCCAACUUCCUAGUGGCUUCCUGUUACCUAACAAAUACAGCCGGGCCAAGGUUAGCAUACUGUCUUGGCCAAGACUGAGAUCCUCGUUGUUGUAAAGAAGCAGCUUAUUGAGUUUCAUCUUUUAAUUUGUAUUACGUUUUGUAACAAUUUGGACAGUGUUUUGUUGCACAUGCUUCAGGACAAUUAAAUACAGGCCAUUUUGAUUUCAAAGGCAGGACCCCAAAUUCCAAGACUCCAGUCAAUAAUUUGAGAUUAGCAGUGUUUUUACAAGUCCCUAACAGUCAAAAGUUUGCCUUUUCUGUCCAAUGUAGAAUCAUAUGACCUAGGGAUUGUAAUGUGAAAGCCCCUGUGUAUACUGGAAGCUGAUAUCUGACAAGUGGAUUCAUGAACACUAAUGAGGGGAAACCAGUUCUAGUUCAACGAGUUUCUUUGAGUUUUUGUUAAAUACUGAAAGUAACAAAGAACACCAUCAUGUAUCUAUUUGUGGACUGAAUUCAGUUCAGGCGUUGAAAUCCUGGAAACUCCUCCGCUGCUAACUUUAAGAAGCAAGAUCCCUUCUCCUUCAACUGUUACUCUGAUGUUGGCUGAAUAUGUUACAGCAGACUCAAAGCCAAAAGUCUCCCUCAGUUCAAUGUGUGUGAGGAUCAGCCCAGUUGAGCUGCCAGUCAAACCUGCUACUGCCUUUUCCAGGUAUAAGCUCCCUGGAGAUGUUAUCCUCUUGCUGGGUCCAAGUGAAAGGCCAUUGUAGCAUAUUACGUGAGAAUUACUGAAAGCAUUUGCAAGCUUCAUUGUCUUAAACUGAUGUGGUAUGCAAGAAAUACUAUUCUGCCCGAUGUUUCUUCUUUAAUUCACAUUCUAGAAACUUGGUGCUGCGUGGAUUUAGCCUCUGGAGAGUUGAGGUUACCUUAAUAGUACAAGUUUAAUUUAAGAUCUGAAAUUUGCCCUAGGCUUGGGAGUCAUGGCCGUUGCUAUGAAAACUUGAAACAACACGAGAUAGAUCAGUGUUUUAUUUUUUUUUCUCCUGAACUGUCACUUUAAAGUGCAAUCUGUAAAUCAAGUAAUGUAUAAAAACCUGCCGAAACAUGAUGCAGAACAUUCUUCAGCAUUAAUUGAAUGAGGUGUGAUUAUUAACAUUUUCAUCCAAAAUCUGCUUAAUUACUGCAAUUAGUCGAACAAGUUUGAUAUUGUGAAUGAAUUUUGCAGCAUUGUACAGUAACUGAUUUAUUCUUUCAAUUGCUAUAGCAUAGCCAAACAGCUGGGUUUGCCUUCUUGGAUUGUUACUUUUACAAUACCAAAUAAACCAGCGUUCUCUAA